AUGUCAACACGUCUUGCAGUAGCCAUUGGAGCUGCUGUAGGAGCUCUUGCAUUCAUUGCUCUGUUGGCUUUUCUCCUGUGGUUUUGCAUCUUUCGUCGCAAGAAUUUGUCAAGAACUUCUGAGACUGGCUCUUCUGAUCCAUCAACUCAAGGAAGAAAUGUUGCAAUUGAGCUGUCAAUGAGAGAAGCUAGAAGGUUUGAAAUGGAGGAACUUGCUCAAGCCACCAAGAGUUUCACCAACAAAAGCCUUAUUGGUAUUGGCAAAUUCGGAGAGGUUUACAAAGGUUUGCUUCAAGAUGGUGUCCUUGUGGCAAUCAAGAAAAGAGCCGGUUUGCCUACUCAAGAAUUCGUUAACGAGGUUCGUUAUCUAUCAUCUAUCCAUCACCGUAAUCUUGUCACUCUUUUGGGUUAUUGCCAAGAAAGCCACACGCAGUUUCUUGUCUACGAGUAUGUUCCUAAUGGAAGUGUUUCCAGUCACCUGUACGGUGCUGGUGGUAAAGUACCUGGAAAUAGGCUAGAAUUCAGAAAUAGGCUUGCAAUAUCUAUAGGAGCUGCUAAAGGCUUGGCACAUCUUCACUCGUUGAGUCCUCGAUUGAUACACAAGGACUUCAAGACAGCUAACGUUCUUGUGGAUGAAAAUUUCAUUGCUAAGGUUGCAGAUGCAGGAGUUCGUAACUUCUUAGGAAGAGAGGAUGUUGGUACUUCGUCUCACGUCUCUGCUGACCAGAUCUUCCUCUCCCCAGAGGUUCAAGAAUUCAAAAGAUUCUCAGAGAAAAGUGAUGUCUAUGCUUUUGGUGUAUUCCUCUUGGAACUAGUAUGUGGUAGAGAAGCAGCAGAACCAUCCCCUUCAAGCUCAACACAAACUCUAGUCGAAUGGAUGCAAAAGAUAACGGAUUACGCUGAUAUACCCUCUAUGAUCGAUGAGAGACUAGGGGGUACAUACACAGCAGAAGGAGUGGAGGAGGUUAUUACAUUGACACUGAGAUGUGUUGAUGUUUCAAGUGAGAAGAGACCAACGAUGAGUCAUGUUGUGACAGAGUUGGAGAGGAUAUUGGACAAGGAAGUGAGCUUAACGACAGUAAUGGGUGAAGGUACUCCUACUGUUACUCUUGGAAGUCAGCUUUUUAAAGCAUCCAAGUGA